ACAAGGCACUGUUACCCUCACUGACUCCCACUUCCACCGGCUGCAGAUACACAGGGAGCUUCAGAUUUGGCAGAUUUUGUUCAUCAUCCCACCUUCAAUCAAUGUCGUCAUUUAGUUGGAAAAGAUGGCUCCUGUAGUGAUUUGCGAUAACUGAUGUUUGUUUCUGUAGAGGACUUUCCUUCGUGCUCGUUGUUUCUUCAGGUUGAGUUUUUCUUGCGCUUGUAGGAGAUUAUUACUGUGACUUCUUAAUUUCCCAUCCGUGUCUUCACUGGAAUACCCUCAUUCUCUUGUGAACUGUCUCGAGCUGCCUUCAACAAUGCUGACUGAACCGUAUGGAGCCAUGUCCAUGGGGUCAGACGUACGAGAUCUGACCCUUUUAACUCCAGCGCCUCCCAUGCCAUCCUUACCAGGAGCUGGUGGCGGCUGUGGGAUGUCCGUUGGCACUGGCCAGUGGACCCAACUGCUGGACCUCCACCCAAGCUCUUCCUACAGCUCCCUGCCCUCCCACCCCUCCCUGAUCAAGCAGGAACCAGGUUGGGGGACCGCGGACCCCAUAGAGGACCCUCACUGUGGACCCUGUGGGGCCUUCACGGUGCACUUCUCAGGCCAGUUCACAGGGGCAGGCCCCUGUCGGGUCGGAGCCUUCGGAGAACCAACAACUGGUCAACCCAGAGUGUUCCCCAAUGGGACCUACCUGCCCAGCUGUGUGGACAGUCCCCCUGCGGCCAGGAACCAGGGUUAUGGAGCGGUGGGUUUGGAGAGCAGUCCCAGUUGUGGUCACGUUGCGUCCCACCACACCCCCCAGCUCUCCAGCCUCUCCUUCAAACACGAGGACACACUGUCACCUCCAAACAACAUAGUUGACCAGCAGUACGGGGCACCUCCUCCCAUGUUUGGUUGCCUCAACCCUCCAGAAUCGUGUCCGAGCAACCAGGCUCUGCUGCUGAGAAACUACAACAGUGACAACGUUUACCAAAUGGCAUCUCAGCUGGAGUGUGUAAAAUGGAACCAGAUGAACAGCCUGGCAUCUUCCAUGAAGAGCAGCGUUCAUACAACCAGUUAUGACAGUGAACCCAUAGUCCCGCCUCCACCCAUGCUUGUCAGUGCUCAGUACCACAUACACGCACACAGUGUGUUCAGAGGCCUACAGGACGUCAGACGGGUACCUGGCAUCGCUCCUCCUGUUGUGAGGUCAGAGGCCAAUGAGAAGCGUCCAUUUGUCUGUGCUUAUCCAGGCUGCAGCAAGAGAUACUUCAAACUGUCCCAUCUGCAGAUGCACGGCCGCAAACACACCGGAGAGAAGCCUUACCAGUGUGAUUUCACAGACUGUGGCCGCAGAUUCUCCCGCUCAGACCAGUUAAAGAGGCACCAGCGCAGACACACAGGAGUGAAGCCCUUUCAGUGCGAGACGUGUCAGAGAAAGUUUUCACGGUCAGACCACCUUAAGACGCACACUCGGACUCAUACAGGUAAAACAAGUGAGAAGCCCUUUACCUGCCGCUGGUCCAACUGUCAGAAGAAGUUUGCCCGCUCUGACGAGCUGGUGCGCCACCACAGCAUGCACCAGAGGAACCUGACCAAGCUGCAGCCUGCCAUCUGAACAGCCAGGAGACGA